UCCUCGUCUUCCCUCUUCGCUCUCACUGUCAGAUCAGAACCUUUUUUUUUUCUUCUUCGAAUCAAUGGAGUCACGCGUGCUGUUACGCGCCACCGCGAAUGUCGUUGGAGUUCCGAGAUUGAGACGACCAAUCGGAGCCAUCCACCGCCAGUUCAGCACCGCGUCUUCGUCGUCGUUCUCGGUUAAGGCAAUCGGAGGACUCGGAGAAGGAGGGAACCUGAUCUCCGGUCGUCAGCUCCGUCCGAUUCUGCUUCUCGACUCGUCGAUCAACGGCGGAGGAGGGGAGAAGAGAGAGAUUCUCAAACCGGUGAAAGCCGCCGCAGCCGAAGGUGGAGAUACCGCUGGGCAAGCUAAAGUUGGAUUCCUGGCGAAGUAUCCAUGGCUCGUCACUGGGUUCUUCUUCUUCAUGUGGUACUUCUUGAAUGUGAUUUUCAACAUCCUUAACAAGAAGAUCUAUAAUUACUUCCCCUAUCCCUAUUUUGUAUCGGUAAUACACUUGUUCGUGGGAGUUGUAUACUGCUUGAUCAGCUGGUCCGUGGGUCUUCCCAAACGAGCCCCUAUUGAUGCGAACCUCCUCAAGGUACUGAUUCCAGUUGCAGUCUGUCACGCCUUGGGACAUGUCACUAGCAACGUUUCCUUUGCUGCUGUUGCUGUCUCCUUCACUCACACCAUUAAAGCACUUGAGCCAUUCUUCAAUGCGGCUGCUUCUCAGUUCAUUAUGGGACAAUCCAUCCCCAUAACACUGUGGUUGUCUCUAGCUCCUGUUGUUCUUGGUGUUGCAAUGGCUUCACUAACUGAGCUAUCAUUCAACUGGCUCGGUUUCAUCAGUGCUAUGAUCUCAAACAUUUCUUUCACAUACCGAAGCAUCUUCUCCAAGAAAGCCAUGACUGAUAUGGACAGUACAAAUGUCUAUGCUUACAUCUCCAUCAUCGCUCUCUUCGUUUGCAUUCCUCCUGCCAUCAUCGUUGAAGGUCCUAAACUACUGAACCACGGUUUCGCUGACGCAAUUGCUAAAGUGGGAAUGACUAAAUUCAUCACUGAUCUCUUCUGGGUUGGAAUGUUUUACCAUCUCUACAACCAGUUGGCUACCAAUACCUUGGAGAGGGUUGCACCAUUGACUCACGCUGUUGGAAACGUUCUGAAACGUGUGUUCGUGAUUGGUUUCUCCAUCGUUAUCUUCGGAAACAAGAUAUCGACACAGACAGGUAUAGGAACAGGAAUAGCCAUUGCUGGAGUUGCAAUGUACUCUAUCAUUAAGGCCAAGAUCGAAGAAGAGAAACGGCAAGGAAAGAAAGCAUAGAGAAGGCGGCGGAAGACGGCGGUCGAGGGUUGCAUAAACAAAGUUCUCCGGUGGAUAUAUUUUAUAUAAUAAAUAACCAAAAAAUGCAAUAUAGUAUGUUGUAUUGUACCAUCAACCAUUGUUUCUUGAGUUAUUUUUACAAUCUUUUUGCUUUCUGAAAAGUUUAUAUAUAUUUUUUCAUUCUGCUACCUCUGUUUUUUAAUGGAGUAACAUUUCCA